AUGCUUGCAGAAGAGGUUCUCGGAGAUAUCGCGGCUCCUCCCCUCCAGGAUCCUCCCAAGAAGAAGAAGAAGAAGAAGAACAGACGGCCCAAAAGCAAAAGGGGAAAGAACAAACCGACUGGGUUCGAGGAGUAUUAUGUUGAUGCGCCAAUCACAGCUGAAGAGCACCAGCUUGAACAGGAACUAUACCAUGUCCGAGUCGAAGACGCCCUGCUAAGAUUCCACAAGAAUCGUCGCAUCGAGACAGACCGCUUGGAGGUGUUUCACAAAUAUCUUAGCUAUGGAGGAGUCGACGUUGGCCCCAAUAUGUUUGCAGGAUCCGAUGACCGCGACCUCAAGGAACUGGACUCCGAGCAGAUCCUACUAGCAAGAGCAAGGACAGCAAUCAAACGUGAGAACUCACAUUUGGCUAUUGACUUUGAUACUGUGGUAAAAGGCUUCUUGACCUCCUACUUUCCCUUCUAUUUCAACCCCGACGAUGAGGCUAUGAUAAAACUAGCCACCGUCACAAUCCGCAGCUUCUUGUCCUAUCUGCUCUACCACGACGUAUGCCCAGAAUACAAAGAGAACAUCGAUGCGGCUCGGAAAUCGUGCGAUAUCGCCACGGAGGAGUUGUGGAAGAACCAGCAGCUCACUGCAAAUGGACCGGGAGAUUUCAAUACGGCCUGCUCUACUAUUUUUGGCGGUCUUGAGCACGAUGUGUACACCGAGAACAACGAGUGGAAGAACCCCAAGGACGAUAAGAUACAGAUGACCAAAUACAUUGCGCACAAGGUGAUGAGGUUCGCGCUAGCAGUUGUCGGGUCAGAUGAGCUCGCCUCGUCGUUCAAGGAAAUGAACGCGCAAGGCAGUCUAAAGGCAACGCUGCUGGACGAUCUCGACGGCUUCGAAGUGACGAAAAUGUGUCUGCUCAGCGACGAAGAGCGGGAGUUCUAUGCCACCCAUGCCCCUGACCUUAACCCUGUCGGAAAGCUGUACGGAAAAACCUACUACGAUCCCGAUAUGCCCGGGCGUGAUCUCUCCCCGGCUGAGCAAGAGCAGUGGAUCAAUGGGGACCGUCCUAUGGAGGAGUUUACGUUCUUCUUGGAGGAGAGCUUGCUUCAGCAUUGUUACCCUGGAAUGAAGAUCAUCGCCCGUAUUUGGGAACUGAAUUGCGGAUUCCACUACUUCGAGGACAUUAUCAGGGCUUACUCUUCUAUCUACACAUCGCUUCCCAAUGAUCUCAUGAUAGGAUGGAAGAAGCCUCGGGAGUUGGCCGCCAAAGAUGCAGACCAGGAUGACGAUGAAGCCGAAGCUGAGUAA